AUGGCUCUUCCUGGAUCUGACAACUCUCCGAAAGUUGGGGCAGAUGAACUCACUGCAUCAGUGCCAGCACUCGACCUCCAGCCGACCGCUGCAACUGAUAUUCCUGGGACUAAUAGGCGCUCUGCCCAAUCUGAGACCUCUGUAGAUGAGAAACUUCAUCAGGACCAUAGUACGAGCAAGGACCUCACUCCAUCGUUUGAUGAGAAAUCCGCCCAUGCUGAUCCUAAUGAUUAUUUCGACGAUGUGAAGUUGGUAAAAGGACAGCCUGUGAUUGAAACGGGAGCUCAUGUUAGCAACUUUGCUGUGGAUGUUCGUGAUGAUGGUGAUCCAUCAUUGACCCUACGAUCAUUUUUUAUUGGAACGGUGGUAGCAGGAUUAGGAGCUGCAUUAUCCCAAAUUUAUAUAUUCAAGCCAAUUACAGUCUCAGUCUCUGGUAUAUUCUUGCUUUUGCUAGUAUAUACAAUCGGAAAGGCUUGGGAAAUGUUACUCCCGAAGCCUGAACAGUUUGAGAGCCGUAUACCUUGGCUUGCUCCCAUCGUUCGUGUCAUUAAUCCCGGCCCUUAUGGAUUGAAGGAGCACGUUGUAGCAACUUUAAUUGCAACUACGGCGGCAUACGGAGCGACAGCUGUGAAUAUUUUCGCGGUACAGCGGCUCUUUUAUAAUGCUGAAGUCAAUGGCACCACUGCUGUACUAGCUACUUUCUCUACUGCUUGUUUUGGGUAUGGUCUCGUAGGACUCCUUCGUCCUUUGACAGUUUAUCCGAGCGAGAUGGUAUACUGGGGAAACCUUCCAACUGUAACCACUUUCCAAGCACUUCAUUGGGACACGACCGCAACAUCCAAGCGCCUACAGCUUUUCUGGUCGGCUUUUGGUGGUAUGGCCGUGUAUGAAAUCCUGCCAGCGUACAUUUUUCCACUUCUGAAUGGAUUUUCUGUAUUUUGCCUUGCAUCUCAAAAAGCAUCUACGCGAGUUCGAGAAGUUUUCACUAACGUAUUUGGGGGUGUCAGUGGGAACGAAGGCCUAGGAAUACUGAGCUUGAGCUUUGAUUGGCAAUACAUCGGGAGCACUUACAUGUCUCUACCUCUUAUACAACAAGGAAAUUCAUGGAUUGGCUAUGGUAUCUGCUACGUCGCAAUGCUGGCGAUCUACUAUUCGAAUACUUGGGAUGCAAAGUCAUUUCCUAUGCUUUCAACUUCGAUUUUUGGCUCAGACGGCAAACGGUAUAACCAAACCGCUGUAUUUGGCCCCACAUUCACAUUGAACCAUACCGCACUUGAGGAGUAUGGAUUGCCACACCUCACUGGCUCAAACGUCUGGGCAAAUAUGACUGCCUGUUGGUCGAUCGGAGGGCUGAUCGCGCACUGUCUAUGGUUUUGGCGAGGCUAUGUUGUAGAUUCUUUCAGACAAGCAAGGACGGGUACUCAACCUGACAGACAUUGGGUCGCCAUGCAACGCUAUAAAGAAUGCCCCUGGUGGUGGUAUGUUAUAUUACUAGUUCUUUCCUUCUUUGCUGGUUUAAUUGUGAUCUUCAAGGGAAACACCACUCUACCGUGGUGGGGCUAUAUUCUCUCAUUAGCUGUUGGAGGCUUCGUUGCACCGUUUUCUAACUUAUUAUAUGCACGGCUGGGGAAUGGAAUUGCGACGAAUCAACUCAUGAAGAUGGUGGCUGGGGCUGUCCAUCCUGGGAAGCCCGUGGCUAACUUAUACUUCAGUAUGUGGUCUCAUGAUGUGAUAUCCACCUCAAUUGGAUUGGCGGGUGACUUGAAGAUGGGGCAGUACUUGAAAAUUCCUCCUCGUAUCAUGUUUAUCACACAGAUGUGGGGCACAUUGUUGGGCGCCUUUGUCAACUAUGCGGUAAUGGCUUCAAUUACGUCCUCGAGGCGAGAGGUCCUUCUUAACCCCAUUGGCACAAAUGUCUGGAGUGGUGCAACAGUUCAAUCUCUAAAUUCAGCUGCGGUGACCUGGUCAUUAGCUGGUGAGCUCUAUGGACCACAUGGCCCCUAUAAGUGGGUCCCCAUCGGCCUUGCCCUUGGCAUGAUCCCAACUACAAUUCAGUACUUUAUCUGGAAGAGAUGGCCCAAGAUUGGCCCCGUAGAAGUAGACAAGAUUAUGCUUCCAGUCAUUUACAUGUAUGCUGGCUGGUUCUCGUCAGGAGUCAAUUCGAUUACAACUUCGAUCAUCAUUGUUGGACUUGCAUCCCAGGUGUGGUUACGUCGUCGCCAUCCUGGCUGGUACAACAAAUACAACUAUAUUCUUGGUGGUGGACUGGACGGAGGCACACAAACUAUCGUAUUUAUACUCAGCUUCGCCGUUUAUGGGGCGAGUGGCAUAGAAAGGCCAUUCCCUAACUGGUGGGGAAACCCGGCGGAUAUCAAUCCUGAUUAUUGUCUCUAA